AUGGAUGAAAAUGUUAAGUACGCAAAUUUCUUGAAAAGUAAAAUAGUGAAAUAUUUUAAUUUGAAAAACGACGAAUUAGAUAUAAAUUAUAUCAUAUCUAUAUUAAAUUGUAAAUCUUAUGAUUUAUAUGAUUCUAUUUUUUUAUUGAAUGAAUCUUUUUAUGAACAAAAUAAAAACACAAAAUGUUCUUCUUUAAAUAACGUAAAAAAAUUUACUCAAGAUUUAGUAAAUAGCAAAAAGAAAUUUUUUAAUUCAAGUGAUGUAAAUUUAGAUAGUCCUGACAGAAAUUUUUUUUUAAGUAAUAGUAAUGAGAGUAAAACAAUAAGCACAUCUUUUCAAGAUGUAUUUGAAAAUGAUAAAAAAAUUAAUUUAACAGUUAAUACAAAUCAAAAUAAUAUAUCAUCUAAUAUAAAAAAAAAGGAAAUAAAAAAAAAUCAAAAUGAACAUUUAACGAAUGAUUUUAAACAAGUAUUUUUUGAAUCAAAAAGAAGAAAUAAUGAUGAAAAAAAGAAAAAAAUAUUGGAUGAUAAUAAUAAACAUAUAAACAAAAAUGAAUAUAAUGAUGAGAUAAAAAAUAAUAUAUAUGAAAAAGAUAUAAUAAAACAAAAAAAUAAUGUAAUAAAAAAUCAUUCUAUAAAUGAUCAUACAAUGUUAGAUUUAAAAAAGACAAAUGAACAGUUAAAAUUCGACAAAGAAAAAAAAAAUCAAAAAAAUGAAACGUCUGAACAGAAAUCUAAUGAUAACAAAAGAGAAGAUAAUUAUUUUUCUUUUUUUAAUAUAAAAGAAAAUAACUAUUCCUUAAAACAAGCUAUAGAUUUUAUAGAAAAUGAAAAUAAUGUUGUAAAAUAUAAUAAUGAGCAAAAUGUAAAAGAAAAAAAAAAAAAAAAUCUACAAAUAUGUAUAUGUAAUGGACAAAAUCAUAAAAUAUAUGCAAAUUGUCUAUUUUGUGGAAAAAUAUAUUGUACUAAAAUUAAAUAUAAAAAUUGUAUUUUUUGUGAAAACCAAUUAUAUGAAUCAUAUAUAAUAAAUAAUUUAUUUUUUACAUCAAACCAAAAUAAUAACACAAAUAAUAAUAAUAUGAAGAAAUUAAUAUCAUCCGUCAAAAGUUCAAAUAAUUUUUUAUACAAAUAUUAUUUUAAUACAAAUAAUACUUACUUAAAAAAAGCCUUCGAAUUGAGAGAUAAAAUGUUAAGGAACUCAAUUAAUGAAGAACAAACAAAAGUUAUCGAUGACAGUAUUGAUUGGUUUGAGGAUGAUAUUAAAAAUGAAUUUAAUAAUCAGUCUAUACAUUUUUCUCAUUAUGAUGAUGAAAUAAAAAAUGAAAUCAUUAAUAAAUAUCAUGAAAUUUUUGGAAAGAGAUUUAAUGAGAUUAAUAUUGAUAUCGACCUUGUAAAUAUGAAGAUUACUGAGAAUAAAGAUUUUUUAAAAAUUAAAGAAUUUAAUGAUUAUUUAAACGAAAAGGAAAAGGAAUAUCAAGCUUAUGUGGAACUUAAAAAACAGCAAGACAUAAAUUUUAAUAAUGCUCGUAAUUAUUUGACUACUAAAGAAAAGAAAAAUUUAAGUUACAUUAAUGACCUCAAAAAAAUAUUUUUUAAAGAAAACAUUGUAAAAAAUGAUACAAAAAUAUAUAAUGUUGAACAAUCGUAUAAAUGUGAUAAGCCAACAAUUUAUAAGAAUAACAAAAAGUAUAAAUGUAAUGUUAUAAGUUUUGUAUAUGAAGAGCAUGAGGAUACACCCAAUUAA